AUGGACUUCAAGAGAAUUACUUCAGUUGGGCAAUCCAGUCAAUCUGCAGGAACAAAGGAAAUCUGUCUACUGGUCAUGAAUGAUGAUCUUAUGUGUCGUAAGAUCAUCACAGAGAUGCUUCAACACUGCAGUUAUGAAGUUUUACAUAUUGGAAAGGCUAUGGAUGCUUUAAACGCCAUUUGGGAGAGGAAAGACAGACUAGGCCUUGUUCUAACAAAUUUCCACAGGACAGAUUCAAAUGGAUUGCAGAUUCUCCAACGCAUUCAGAAUGAAUUCAAUCUGCCCACCCUUUUUUUACAUAUUGGAAAGGCUAUGGAUGCUUUAAACGCCAUUUGGGAGAGGAAAGACAGACUAGGCCUUGUUCUAACAAAUUUCCACAGGACAGAUUCAAAUGGAUUGCAGAUUCUCCAACGCAUUCAGAAUGAAUUCAAUCUGCCCACCCUUUUAAUGUCCCCAGAUGACAGAAAAUUUGUGUCAAAAGACCAAGCAAGUAAUGUUGCAGCAUAUAUUGUGAAAUCUUUGAGCAUGAAUGGCAUUAAAAACCUUUGGCAAUUUGCGUUAGCAAGAGAGCAAGACAAAGUAGGAGGUACUCAACUUGCAUCAACACCUGAGAAUGCAGUUGAGGCAAGUCUAGGUAAUACCAAAUCAUCAGGGGAAGCAAGUCUCGGGCACCAGAAGCGUAAGAGGAAAACAAGAGAUGAACAAAAUGAAGAUGAUUCCCCCAUGGAAAAGAAGCCAAGGGUGGUCUGGACUAGUGAGAUGCACCAUAAAUUUUUGGAAGCCAUUGAAAAGUUAGGCUAUGANAAGCAAGUCUCGGGCACCAGAAGCGUAAGAGGAAAACAAGAGAUGAACAAAAUGAAGACAAUGAAGAUGAUUCCCCUAUGGAAAAGAAGCCAAGGGUGGUUUGGACUAGUGAGAUGCACCAUAAAUUUUUGGAAGCCAUUGAAAAGGGCUUUUCCGAAGAAAAUAGUUGAAGUUAUGAACGUCCCCGGAUUGACUAGAGAAAAUGUUGCCAGUCAUUUGCAGAAAUAUCGCAUGUGCUUGAAACGAGCUCAAGAAGGAUCAGCUGGUUCUUUUUAUGGAAUAAACCUAAUCAAUGAUGCUAAGGAACCAUACUUUCCAUCAGGUAAUUCUGCAUUAAAUUUCAACUUCUCACAAGGAAAUUCUCUAUUUCCCGAGCUACCGCCUCAUUGGACAUCAUUUCUAAAAGGCUCCCGUGGCCUCUAUUCUAUGCUUGCCUCUAAUCACUCUACCACUGUCAGCACCAAAGCACCAAUUGGCUUGUCUGACUUAAGACAAGCACAAUUGCUAACAGGAAGCAAUCAGGAGAAUAAUCAGUACCCUUAUACCCAAAAUGUGUCUCCUUUUGGUGCACUACCACAAUAUACCGACCAAAAUGGUGGCUUCCGGGGGGUUCUGUUUAACCAUAAGUUCAGAAUUUAUGGUGAUCAGACCAAGAACAUGCUUUUCAGCAUCGAAGAUGGCAACUCAUCCAGCAAGGCCAACCUGCCCGAAAUUUCUGAUUGCACAGGCAAUUUCCGGGGAUUUAGAUUGGCUGGUGAUGGGAAGUCUGUUUUGUUUGGCCAAACAGGUGUUUCAGGUAAUGAUAAGACCAUAGGAGAAGAGGCAUUCUCUGAAAUAGGAACUUCUGGGAAUGAAAAUCAAGUCCUGGACCCUACAAAAUCCAUAAAUUUUAUCCAUCAACUACCUUCUCUUUCUUCUGUUGGGAUUUGUGGGAAAGAUUCAGACCAAUCUCAUUCAGUGCCUGGAAACUCCAUUCACCAGCAGCACCCUUCACUGCCAUUGUUAGUAACUUCUGGGAAUGGGAGUUCAGUCCAGAACCCUCCUCUGUUUGUUUACAGUAAUCCCCGGAAACAACCUUUUUCGCCUCCACUUGGGACCUUUGUGAAUGAUAGUCCAAUCCAAUGCCCUUCAGUAUCUCCUAACAGUCUAGCCCAGCAGCCACGUUCUCUGCCACCAGUGGGAACAUCUGGAACUGGGAAUGAGAUUUCAGUCGGGUAUCCUUCAUUGUUCGUUGGCUGCAUUCCACCGGAACAAUCUUCUCUGCCACCAUUAGAUACUUUUGGGAUUGACUGUUCAGUUCAGUACACCUCAACACCUGAUGACUAUGUUCCUCAUGAACAACAAUGUUCUCUGCCACCAUUACCACCACUGCUACAUGAUCUGGACAGUUUUGGGACUGAGAAAAGUAAUGUUCUGCUGCCUAUGGCAGGAAGCACAAGUCCCCAAUUGUUUUGGGAUGGUGAUUUUGAGGAUACAAUAUUUAAUAAUCAUGAUUAA